AUGUCGUUCUUAGGCCUUUUCAAGAAGGACGUACAUCAUUCAUCGUCAUAUGGAAAGAAGAGCAGUCACAUCGUUCCUGGUGGUAUUUUGCAGAAAAAUCUAGUACGAGAGUUUUAUAUCAGGUUAGAUGACCCACAUAGAAUAUGGAAACCUGAUGAAUAUAUAAGUGGCGAAACAGUUUUAAAUAUAAAGAAAGAUGUUACAAAUGUUGCAGUCAGAUUAAAACUAGUGAGUCAAGUUAAAGUAAAGAGUAGCGUGGGAGGUACUACUUUGAGAACUAAAGUUACUGAUAAGUUAUUGGAGAAGACAACUUUUCUGUAUGGUAAUGAAAGCGACUGUCAGCUUGGUGCUCAAAAAGAUGCAACCAAUGGAUUGACUCAAGGUGAGCACAUUUUCCCGUUUAAACUGAAGAUACCCAAUGGUAAAAAAGUGUUUAGCUCCAUUAAAUUUGAAAGAGGAUCCAUAACUUAUUACCUACAAUGUUCUUUAGAGGCUAUGGGUCGUGGUCAAGUGGAAAGGCCAGUUUCGAGAUGUAUGCACCCUUUCCUAGUUAUGGUUCCAUUAGACGUAUCAAAUUUACCUGAACCAAAGACAAAAACUGUGGUAUUACAAUCUACAUCACCUGUACGACCUUCUAAUAACAUUGGUUUUGAUAACGGUUCUUCGAACACUAAAAAUACGGGGAAUUCUAAUACUUCGAAUAAUACCAAUAAUUCAGCAUCUUCGGUUAGUGAUAAAACCGUCAGGAUAUCAGUGGAUUUGUCGAAAGCUGGCUAUUGUAUUGGGGAGGUUAUCCCUGUAAGAGUCUCACUUCAACAUUAUAAGAAUUUUUGUCAUCCUGCAGGCUUAAUUGUAACUUUGGCCAGAAUAUGUCGAGUGGGUAGCGGUGGAAAUGAUGAACCGAUGGAAACUUUUAGGAAAGAUAUUUGUCAAACUAUUCGACCAAUCUACGUGGAUCCAGAGACACAUGCCUGCUCGGUAACAGCAUAUUUGAAGGUACCAGUCGACACAUUUUCUACGUUCACAAGUUUACAAAAAUUCUUCACAUUUCAAUACUACGUGGAAGUUAUGAUUAACCUAUCUCAAAAAAAUAUAAUAUUAACAGAAUCCAACAGAGUGGUAGCAGGUCUCCAUGAUGGUGUGAAACCGGGUUCCAGCGAAUCAUUAUCAGGCUUAGAGGAAAGUUUAGUGGGUGGAAUGCCAAGAAGAUUAAUGUCAAUGGUUAGUAAAUCUGGCAGUUUGAAUGAAGAAAAUUUUGAUGAAUCGAAUAUCAUUUAUAAAGAUAUGGUAAAUGUGGAGAGGCUGAAAAGAAUGAAUAACGUAACGGGCAUGUCCAUUGAAACAGUAAUAGGUAUGACGAGAUCAGAACAAUCAUCACCGGUUUUAGCAGAACAGUCACUACAACCGGUACAAAUACAACCGGUACAACAACCACUGCCUAUCGCGCAAUCAGAUUUAUCGCCACCAUUCUCAGACAGUCAAUUCUUAUAUUCAAAACCAUUAAUAGAUGAAUGGUUGGCACCUUUAGAUGCAUAUCCACCAGUUCCUGAGUACACCCCUAAUAACGAUAUCAAAAUAAUUGAGGACAAGCGAGAAUUGGAACAGGAAAAAUUGAAACAAUUGGAAAGUGAUCCACCGGACAUUUACUAG